CGGUUUCCGGCUUGUUUCGUUGAACCACGUUUCAAAAGAUAAAUAUUAUUUUUUCAGCUAUGCUGGCCAACUGUGUUAUAAGAAAAAUAGAUAAGAUUAGUGAAAACAUAAUCCAAAAAAAGAUUACCAGUUGAUGACACUAACAAUCGCUUUUUCCGCGGAACAUUUAAUAGCAACUGCAAAGUCCAAAGGUAUUCAUUUGACAGCUACUUGUAUAUUAUCAAAUUAUCUCCGGUCAUGCAUUACACUGCUUAGAUCGCGAGUAAGUUCUCAAUGUCUUAUCAAAGUGGCAGAAGGUUAUUUCUUCCCAAGCCUAUCAGGCAAUUGUUGUUCAUCUACCGCACCAGCCAUGAAACGUUUAAACGAUAAAGUUGCAAUAGUUACAGCAUCCACAGAUGGCAUUGGCUUUGCAAUUGCGAAGCGGCUCGCACAAGAAGGGGCGAAGGUCGUGAUUAGCAGGAGGAAGGAGAUGAAUGUCCAAAAAGCCGUGCAAGAAUUGAAAAAGGAUAAAUUGGAAGUAUUCGGACUAAAGUGCCAUGUUGGGAAUGCUGCCGACCGGAAAAGAUUAUUUGAAGAAACUAUAAAGAAAUAUGGGAAACUGAACAUUCUUAUCUCGAAUGCAGCCACAAACCCUGCUGUUGGACCGGUCCUGGACUGUGAGGAAGGUGUAUGGGAUAAAAUUUUCGAUGUGAAUGUGAAGUCUUCUUUCAUGCUUGCAAAGGAAGCACUUCCUUAUAUCCGGAAUCAAGGAGCAGGUGGCAGUAUUGUAUUUGUGUCGUCGAUUGCCGGACUGAAUCCAUCUCCAUUAUUAGGAGCCUAUUCCGUAAGCAAGACAGCUCUGUUCGGUUUGACCAAGGCAGCUGCACAAGACCUCGCAAGGGAAGGCAUUCGUGUAAACUGCUUAGCUCCAGGAAUCAUCCAAACUAAAUUUUCUUCUACGUUACACGAAAGCAAAACUGCAAACGAAGCUGCCCUUUCCACUAUUCCAAUGAAUCGUCUGGGUAGUUCGGAAGAAAUGGCUGGAGUAGUGGCAUUCUUAGUUUCGAAUGAUGCUAGUUAUAUUACCGGUGAGACAAUCGUUGCUGCCGGUGGAGCGACCAGUCGGUUGUAAAUAAGGAGUCAAAUUAAGUGCAGGCAGGGAGUACUAUAUAAAAGGUGCUAAUUAAAUCUGCCUCAAAAUUAAUUCUGUCUUCCGAGAAGUUAUAUUGAAUUACAAGAGUUUGAAUGGUAUAAAACUGAAGGUUACGUUUUAUGUUCAAAUUGUUUACAAUGGAUAAAGACUAUUAAAAAGAAAUUAUUGGUAUCAAAGUUAAUUUUUAGGUAAUCAGAG